AUGGCACUGUCAUCCAACCACCUUGUCCAACUUUGUCUUGAGAAGGCCCAAAGCCUUUUCUCUUUACUUCCACCCAAUGUGCAAGACUAUAUUUCCCGCCCAUUGGUGCGAAAAGCUGUCGCGAUUGUGGUAGCCCUCCAGCUGCUCAGAGGCGUCAACCGCUACCUCUCGCAACAGGCGCAGAACAACUGGGUCCGCGCGCGCCCGUGGAAUUCGUCGCGAGAACUGGUCCUACUCACCGGAGGAAGCAGCGGUAUUGGAAAGCAGAUUUUGCUUGAUCUGUCAAAGUUGAAUGUGAGGACUAUAAUUGUCGAUGUGAAGGAGCCCGAUUUCAGAUUACUGGAUAUCACCUCUACUGCUGCCUUGAAAGAGACAGCAACGCAGAUCCGGAGAGAUCAUGGCCAUCCAACCGUGCUAAUCAACAACGCCGGGGUAGGAUUGUCAGGGACCAUUCUCGAAGAACCGGAGGAGCACAUCCGUCUGACUCUCGAGGUAAACACGCUGGCGCACUUCUGGACAGUGAAAGAGUUUUUGCCCAGCAUGAUCCAGAACGAUCACGGGCACAUUGUGACUAUCGCCAGCAUGGCAAGUUUCGUGGCUCUGGGGGAGAUGGCUGACUACGCCGCCUCGAAGGCCGCGGCGCUGGCUUUCCACGAGAGUCUGACGCAAGAGAUCAAGCACUGGUAUGGCUCAAAACGCGUUCGCACCAGUAUCAUUCAUCCGCUGUGGGUGCAAACACCCAUGAUCAGCGCUCUCGUUGCACGCCGUGCCCAAUUCAGACAGCCAAUCAUGAGCCCAGAAAAGGUAUCGCAGGCUGUGAUCAAGCAACUGGUGAACAGCAAUGGAGGCCAGGUGGUCGUGCCGGCGUCGUACGGAUUUGCAGCCCUGCUCCGGGGCUUUCCCAACUGGUUACAGGAGCGCUCGCGAGACAGGGAAUCGCAAAAGCUUGUUAGGCUACAACGUCUACAGCAGGAGCCGGCUAAGAGCUUGCAAAAUUAG